GUCCUCUUCACCAUGGCUUUUCUGGCCGCAUUGGGACCCAGAGCUGCGCGCACGUUGGCUCCAGUGGCCAGGGGCUCCGUGCAGGUUAAUCGAUGCUUCCUCUCGGGCUCAGCUGUGGGACUCCAGGCGCGGGGUGCCCCGCGCUUUGCCGUGGCAGCUCGCAGCUUCGGCAGCUCGGCGAAGGUGGCCGUGAUACAGGACCAGCAGAUUCCCAAGGACGAGGAGAUACUGCCGGCAGUCGCAGGCUGCAAGUCCCACAUCCCAGUUCUGGACCAUGUCAGUGCCAUUUCGCAUUCUUCACCAUGCAAAGUGCCCCAGAAUGCCAAGCCAAGCAUGUAG